UGGCGCGAAAAGCGGGCCUUCCCGCGGGAAGGCCGGUCGCACAGACGCACGCCGGCCGACAGGAAGCUGAGUGCGGCGGGGCGGUCUGUCCGGCAGAGGGCGGGCAGGGCGGGCAGGGCGGGCAGGGCGGGCAGGGCGGGCGGGACCCUGAGACCCCUGCCGGCGGACCUUGCCGGCGCGAGGCGAGCUUCCCACGCGGCCGGACCCGGAAACGCGCCGCCGGGAGCGCAGGACACGCCCCAAGCGGUGGGGGCGGCGACUGCGCGGUGCACGGACCUCCCCUGCGGACUGAGGUGCGAGCUGGAAGUGGCGGGAGAGUCCUCCUCCAGGGGCCAGGAAGUAGGUCCCGUCCUCAGGACCCCCUCGCGCUGCUCGGACAGACGCGGGCAGGAUCACUCGUGUCCUUGCCUGGGCCACCGCCCCCACGUGGUAGAUGAGAACCAGUGCCUCCGGUCGGAGCCGAGAAAUGUGAAGGUUGGAGGUGGGGCUCUGGUGCCCGGCAGGCGGCGUUGCGGGGGUCUGGACUAGGAGUCCCUUGCCAAGUUUCUAGACUGGGGGUGUGAGGCCUCCCUCCCCCACUCCCUCAGCUUGUCCCCAAGCCCCUCUGCACUCACAGGUCUCCUGCCUGCCACCUUCCCAGCCCCAGGGAGUUCUCUUCCCCAGCCCAUGUCAGUGACAGUCUGUCCAGCCUAGGCGUUGGACUCUGGACCAGUGGGCCUGGCUCCCUCCAGCCUGAGUCCCCCUUGCUCUGGCUGGGAGGACGCCCAGACCACUCCUCCCCCGACUCUGCAGCCUCUUUGGGCCCUGCCUGAGCAGGCCUGCCUGGCGAGCUGGGACAUGUCUGGCCCCCGAGGACGCCUGGUGGGCGAUGGCUGCAGUGGAGGCGGGGCCGGUGCCCGCGACGUCGGCCCCAGAAGAUGCUGCGAGAGAUGCUCCAGAGGCUGCGGGUGCAGGGCUGGAGGCGCCCCUGCUCCCAGCCGGAAACCGGCUGAGCCUGCACCUGUACCCUGGAGGCUGCCGCCGGCUGCUGCGCCUGUGUGCCCAGCAGGCCCCUCAGCUGCUGGAGGUGGACUUCCUGCAGCUGAGUGGCCACGAGGACCCUCAGCUGCUGGAGGCUGCCCUGGCCCGGCUGUGCUGGAGCCUGCCACACCUCCGCUCCCUGGUCCUCAAAGGUGGGCAACGUCGGGAUGCCCUGGGUGCCUGCCUCCGGGGUUCCCUCACCACGCUGCCCGCCAGCCUGAGUGGCCUAGCCCACUUGGCCCACCUGGAUCUGAGCUUCAACAGCCUGGAGACACUGCCGGCCUGCGUCCCCCAGAUGUGUGGCCUGGAUGCCCUCCUGCUGUCUCGUAACUGCCUCUCAGAGCUGCCCGCGGCCCUGGGGGCCCUCCCAUCCCUCACCUUCCUCGCCGUCACCCACAACCGCCUGCGAACGCUGCCCCCAGCCCUGGGAGCCCUGUCCAGCCUGCAGCGCCUUGAUCUCUCUGGGAACUUGCUGGAGGCCCUGCCCCCUGAGAUCGGAGGCCUGGGCAGCCUGGCCGAGCUCAAUCUGGCCUCCAAUCGGCUGCAGAGCCUCCCCGGCUCCUUCGCCGGGCUGCGGGCCCUGCGGCUCUGCAUUCUGCACAGCAACCUCCUGGCUUCGGUGCCCGCCAGCCUGGCCCGCCUCCCGCUGCUCACCCGGCUCGACCUGCGGGACAACCAGCUCCGGGACGUGCCCCCUGAGCUGCUGGAUGCCCCCUUUGUGCGCCUGCAAGGAAACCCCUUGGGCAGGCCCCCUCCUGACCCCCUCAGCCCCCCAGGGACACCCAUGGUCCCAGAAAUGCCCAGGCUGUUGCUGACCUCAGAUCUGGACAGCUUUGCCGUGACGCCCCAAGGCUGCUCCGUGACCUUGGCCUGCGGCGUCCGCCUGCAGUUUCCCGCAGGGGCCACUGCUGCCCCCGUGACCAUCCGCUACCGCCUGUGGCUGCCAGAGCCGCGGCUCGUGCCCCUGGGUCCCCACGACGCUCUGCUCAGCGGUGUCCUGGAGCUGCAGCCCCACGGGGUGGCCUUCCAGCAGGAGGUGGGCCUGUGGCUGCUCUUUGUGCCCCCGCGGGCCCGGCGUUGCCGCGAGGUGGUUGUCAGGACGCUGAGUGACGACAGCUGGAGCGACCUGGAGACCCACCUGGAGGAGGAGGCGCCCCAGGUGGGGGCGGCCCGGGCCGUCUGGGAAGGGCCGGCUCUGCUCCGGCCCGCUGGUCCUGACCGUGUGCUUCUGCGCCCGCGCCAGCGGCUCUGGGCGCACUGCCAGGUGCCCCACUUCUCCUGGUUCCUCGUGGUUUCGCGCCCCGUGUCUGAUGCCUGCCUGGUGCCACCAGAGGGGGCGCUGCUGUGCUCCUCGGGACACGCUGGGGUCAGGGUCACCUUCCCCGCUGGGGCCACCGAGGAGCCCCGGCACGUCCGCAUGCAGGUGGUGCACGUGGGCCGCAGAGAGCUGCCGGCCCUGCUGGGGGAGCCCGAGGCGGCCGCCAGCCCCCUGCUCUGCCUCUCGCAGAGCGGCCCCUCCAGCUUCCUUCGGCCAGUCACCGUGCAGCUGCCUCUGCCGCCUGGCAUCACAGGCCUGAGUCUGGACCGGUCCUGCCUGCACCUGCUGCACCGGGCCGCCCCCGCGGCCACCUGGGACGACAUCACCACGCAGGUGGCCCUGGAGCUCACGCACCUGUACGCGCGCUUCCAGGUCACACGCUUCUCCUGGUACUGGCUCUGGUACACCACCAAGACCUGCGUGGGGGGCCUGGCACGGAAGGCCUGGGAGCGGCUGCGGCUGCAUCGCGUGAACCUCAUCGCACUGCAGAGACGCCGGGACCCCGAGCAGGUCCUGCUGCAGUGCCUGCCCCGCAACAAGGUGGACGCCACCCUGCGGCGGCUGCUGGAGCGAUACCGCGGCCCUGAGCCCUCGGACACCGUGGAGAUGUUUGAGGGGGAGAAGUUCUUUGCUGCCUUCGAGAGGGGAAUUGACAUCGAUGCAGACCGCCCGGACUGCGUGGAGGGCAGGGUGUGCUUUGUCUUCUACUCCCACCUGAAGAACCUGAAGGAGGUGUAUGUGACCACCGCCCUGGACCGACGGGCUCGGGCUGUGAGGGGCCAGGUGUCCUUCUACCGGGGCGAGGUGCCGGAGGUGGUCCCUGAGGAGGCGGAGGCUGCCCGGCAGAAGAGGGGCACAGCUGCUCUGUGGAUGGCCACUCUGCCCAUCAAGCUGCCCAGAUUGCGGGGAUGCGAGGGCCCGGCCUGGGGGGCUGGCCUCUCCCUGGCGCCUCUGAACCUGGGCGACGCCGAGACUGGCUUCCUGACCCAGAGCAACCUGCUGAACGUGGCCAGGCGCCUGGGCCCCGACUGGCCGGCCGUGGCCCUGCACCUGGGCUUGCCCUACCGUGAGCUCCAGCGCAUCCGGCACGAGUUCCGGGAUGACCUGGAUGGGCAGAUCCGCCACAUGCUCUUCUCCUGGGCGGAGCGCCAGGCUGGGCAGCCGGGGGCCGUGGGGCGCCUCGUGCAGGCCCUGGAGCAAAGUGACCGGCGGGAUGUGGCCGAAGAGGUGCGGGCUGUCCUGGAGCUUGGCCGCCGCAAGUACCAGGAGGGCCUCCAGCACACGAGCCUGGCCCCCAGGAACCUUGCCUCUCCUGACCGGUCGCCAUCACCCUCCCUAGAGCCUGCCCAGACCUAGACCCCAGAUUUCGGGCUGGACCCUGAGGCUCCCGCUUUCAAAUCUUCCCUGCGUGUGAACAAAGUGACCCCCCCACCCGUGUAACACACAUACACUGGCCUGGUCGCUGUCUCAGCACUGACUUUCUUGGGUGGAGAGGCCGGUGGAAGGCCAGGGGCGACCAGGUGAUCUGAGGCCUGGCCCUGCUCUGCUGCAAGCAGGCCUCUGUACAGACUUCCUUCCGCACAGCCCUCAUUCCUGCUGGUCUGCGCCCAGCGCCUGCAUUGGGUCCCAAUCGGGGAGGGAGAGGAGUCCCAGCUACAAAGUUAACAGCUGCUGCCCCAUGAAUACAGUCUGUCCUGUGCGGAAUUGCACAUCUGC